AUGACCGGCAAAUAUAAAAGGUCAAUCGCUUUCAUUCACCCAGAUUUGGGUAUUGGGGGUGCCGAAAGGUUAGUUGUCGAUGCCGCACUAGGUUUACAGCAACAAGGACACAGUGUCACCAUCUAUACCAGUCAUUGUGAUAAAUCACAUUGUUUUGAAGAGAUUAAGAGUGGCCAAUUGAAAGUUGAGGUUUAUGGUGAUUUUUUGCCAACAAGCUUCCUAGGUCGUUUCUUUAUUGUUUUCGCGACAAUUCGACAACUUUAUUUAGUUAUCCAAUUAAUUCUACAAAAAAAGGUAAAUGCCUAUCAAUUAUUCAUUAUCGAUCAGCUAUCCACCUGCAUACCACUUCUGCACGUUUUUAGUUCUGCCACCUUGAUGUUUUAUUGCCAUUUCCCUGAUCAAUUAUUGGCUCAAAGAACCGGGUUAUUGAAGAAAAUGUAUAGACUUCCCUUUGACCUAAUAGAACAGUUUUCCGUGAGCGCUGCCGAUACUGUCGUGGUAAAUUCAAAUUUCACAAAAAAAACGUAUCAUCAAACGUUCAAAUUUCUAUCCAACGACCCAGACGUCAUUUACCCAUGCGUAGAUUUGUCCUCCACCGAAAUUGAGAAUAUUGACAAGAAAUUCCUCAAAACAAUACUCAAUGAAGGCGAUAGAUUUUAUUUGAGUAUAAAUCGUUUUGAAAGAAAAAAGGAUAUUGCGUUGGCUAUAAAAGCUUUUGCGCUAUCUGAAGACCAAAGUAAUGACAAUGUAAAAUUGGUUAUUUGCGGUGGUUAUGACGAGAGAGUUGCAGAAAAUGUGGCGUACUUGAAGGAACUGCAAUCCCUCGCUGAUGAAUACGAGUUAUCCCAUACAACCAUAUAUUAUCAGGAAAUAAAGCGUGUAUCCGAUUUGGAAUCAUUUAGAGCCAAUUACAGUAAAAUUAUGUUUUUGACCUCCAUUUCAUCCUCCCUCAAAGAAUUACUGUUGGAAAGGACUGAAAUGUUACUGUACACACCCGAAUAUGAGCAUUUUGGUAUUGUUCCUUUAGAAGCCAUGAAAUUGGGUAAGCCGGUUUUGGCUGUAAACAAUGGUGGUCCAUUGGAGACCAUCCAACCGUAUGUCGCCGGCGAAGAUAGAACCUCAGCCACGGGAUGGCUAAAACCUGCUGUCCCUAUCCAAUGGGCUACUGCGAUUGAUGAAAGUAGACAAGUGCUGCUGAAUGAUACUGUGAAUUUUGAGAGAAAUGGCCCAUUGAGAGUUAAAAAAUUCUUUUCCAGGGAGGCAAUGACUCAGUCAUUCGAAGAUAACAUUGAAAAAGUUUUAUGGAAAGAAAAAAAGUACUACCCUUGGGAAAUGUUUGGAGUUUCGCUCUUUAACUUCUUUUUGCAUAUGUCAUUCAUAAGAAUUCUACCGAAUAAUCCAUGGCCGUUCCUAGUUAUGGCUACCAUCAUGGUUGUGUGCUUCAGAAACUACUUAUGGGGUAUUUAUUGGGGAUUUAUAUUCGCCCUAUCCUACCCUUAUGAGCAAGUGUAG